AGAACCGAUAUAUACACAUAUCAAACUCAAUGAAUCGAGAUAUAUAAGAGGACUUAGAUCUUGAUUGUUUGGGGUCAUAUUGAAGAUGGUAUUUUCCCGCUCUUCUCUCCGCCUCUACACAUCGGUGUUUGGUCUGCUUCUAUGUAGCAACCAUGUGGUUGCAUCGGAGGCAGGCCAGCCCCAUGACUGGACGAUACACAAUCCUCACGAUCCGCACGAAGGGCACGGCAAGACAAGUAUCAAAUAUUUCCCGCCGCUGGACUAUGUUCCGCACCCUGUCGGUAUCCCCUACACCGUACAAGACCAUAACAAACACCCCUGGGAAACGAAUUCCUCCUCGCAUGACUCCGAAAGCCAUCGGACAUUAAUGGUCGCCGAUGGCCAGGCACAGUGUUCGUCGAGUGGCCAGUGGUCAAACAAGUACUGGUACGAAGAGAUCGAGCAUAACGGAGAGUCAUCAUUCUUGCAAGGACAGUUUAAGGACCAGUACACCGUGUUUCGGAAUGUGGUCAAGGAUUAUGGCGCAGAUAAUACGGGAAGCGUGGACGCGGGUGCGGCGAUCCAGGCUGCUAUUGAUAGUGGCCCGAAGAACGGCCCCAGCCGCAACUCCCACUCGAUGGGUAGCACCGGUCAACCAGCGAUCAUCUAUCUUCCCGGCGGAACCUACCUCCUGGAAAGAGGUCUACAGCUCUACAUCGGCACAGUGAUCGUGGGAGACCCCAAAAACCCACCCGUGCUAAAAGCGCCGAACAACUUUGGUACGGACCACAUCGUCUACGCCAAGGAUCCGAAUUUCGGGGGCACAAUUAACUUCUACAUCGGCAUCAAAAACGUGGUUAUCGACUCGACGAGUGUGGACCCGAAUAGACGGAUGGUGCUUCUUGACUGGACGGUUAGCCAGGCGACGCAGUUGACGAAUGUGGUGUUCCGGAUGCCGCAGGGUGCUGAGGGACAUGUUGGGAUGACUACGGAGUUUGAUUACAAUAGUAAUAUUAUUUUAAACGAUCUCGUGUUCCAAGGUGGUAACAUCGGUAUGAGUCUGGCUGGUCAGCAAUGGGUGUUCAAGGGUCUGCAGUUCCAAGGCACGAAGACAGGCGUUGUCACCGGAGGAACUGAUAUCGUCUUUCUGGGAUGUACAUUUCAGAAUGGCGCGCUUGGUAUCGAUGCUAGUGGUACUUCUGGGUCUCUGACUGUCAUUGACAGCACGGCCUAUGGCCUCGAGAACUUCAUCGUCUCCGGUGACUCAGGCAACGCAGCGAACUCUAUCAUCCUGGACAAUGUACAGAACUCGGGCACAACGGUCAAACUAGGUGACGAAGUCGUGCUUACAGGCAGCGUCUGGCAGACCUGGGUGCAUGGCAACCUAUACUACCCUGGUGAUCCCACUAAAUACCACGCCAAAGGCCGCACCGGUUCGACCAUCCGCACCGCAGCCCUCCUCUCCGGCUCCGCCAAUUAUUUCACCAUGAAGCCCCCAACCUACGAACAUUACACAGCAGAGCAAGUCGUCAACAUCAAAUCUGUUGAGGGUGCACCGGUGUACGGUGACGGAUUGACCGAUGACACGGACAACAUUAACAACAUUCUGACCAUGUACGCGGGCUGCAAGCUUAUUUACUUCCCUGCCGGCACGUACAUCGUCACGGACACAAUUAUCAUCCCCGAUGGCACAAGAAUCAUCGGUGAUGCCUUCGGUAGUGCGAUUAGCGGCGCUGGAUCGAAGUUCAAGGAUGAACACUCCCCCCGAGCCAUGAUCCGCGUCGGAUACCCCGGCGACACGGGACUCGCUCAAAUCAGCGACAUGUUGUUUACCGUCGCGGACGUCCUCCCCGGCUGCAAGAUGGUUGAGAUCAACAUGGCGGGCAACUCCCCCGGCGAUGUGGGCAUGUGGAACACGCACUUCCGCAUUGGUGGUGCUGUCGGCUCGCAAGUGCAAAGCAAAUGUACCUCCACACCAGAUAUCUGCAAAGCGGCCUGGGGUCUCUUGCAUCUUACCAGCAGCUCCUCUGCUUACCUUGAGAACAUCUGGGGUUGGACGGCGGAUCACGACCUUGACGGACAGAAUCCGCAAACUAUCGCGACCGGUCGUGGAUUGCUAGUUGAAGCUACCAAGGGCACCUGGCUUGUUGGUACGGGAUUCGAGCACCACGCGCUGUACCAGUACAACUUCAACCGCGCGGAGAACGUCUUCUCCGCGAUGCAACAAAGCGAAUCAGCAUACUGGCAAGGUCCCGGAAACGCCCUCGCACCACAACCAUGGCAAAACAGCCUUACAAGCCUCGACCCACAGUUCAGGCACUGCGCUGCCGGCGACGCACUCUGCCGAAUGGGUUUCUUCGAAAUAAUCACUAGUUCCAGAAACCUGUUCCUGUAUGGAGGGUGUAAUUGGGUGUUCUUCAACAACAACGGCGACUGCGGCGGCAAGUGUCAGCAGAAUGCGAUCCAGAUGACCGAUUCGAAACAGGUUUAUCUGUAUGGGACGAAUACAAAGAGUACGAAGAAUAUCAUUCUUGAGGAGGGAAGGGUUAUUGCGAAAGAGGAUGAUAAUGCCGGUGGAUGGGGAGGUAUUAUUGCUGCUUAUCUGUAUGAUGUGUAGCGGGUCAUGGUGAGUAUAGGUGUAGGGUAUUGGAAGCGAGGACAGAAUGAGCAUAUGCAUAGGCAUUUGGUGUAUAUACAUCGACGGACAUAACGGCCGCGAAGUAGAUGCGAUAGACUAAUUGACAUAUUUGAUCUAUUAUUAGUUAGUGUCUACAACUUUGUUAUUUCUUUUUAUAGUUAACAGCAUGUCCCGUUUAGUCCACCAGCAUCUCGGAACUCUACCGUAGUUCAGGAUCAACGCCAUUCGCUAGAUAUCUUCCUUCUGCCAUAUUCCCCAUAAUAACACACCUAAUUAAGUCGCCGUAUAAAAGCACCGUAUCUUGG